GGUGAUCCAUUAGUUUAGUCUGAAAUGAGCUUUGCCUGGGCGGAAGUACUGACGUGUUCACAGCGGAGUAACGCGAGCGGCGGACAGGCAGCCGAGAGUGACACAGCGGCAGCACCCGGUCAGAAAAGACAGUAUGUCAGAAGGAGACAGUUCUGGUGAAUCCAUCCAUGGGAAAGCAUCCGUCAUAUCAAGCUUCUUCACACGUCUUGGACAGAUCUACCAGUCAUGGUUGGACAAGUCAACUCCGUUCUCAGCAGUACGAUGGGCGGUCACGCUUCUCCUUACAGCAAUAUACAUGAUCAGAGUGUAUAUACUACAGGGGUGGUACAUAGUCACAUAUGCUCUGGGAAUAUACCAUCUCAAUUUGUUCAUUGCUUUCCUCUCACCGAAAGUGGACCCCUCGUUGCUUGAUGACCCAGAUGAUGGUCCAGCACUUCCCACAAAGCAGAAUGAGGAGUUCCGGCCAUUUAUCAGACGACUGCCUGAAUUCAAAUUCUGGCAUUCUGCGACGAAAGGCAUCGUCAUCGCUAUGAUUUGCACAUUCUUCGAAGCCUUCAACGUGCCAGUGUUCUGGCCGAUCCUUGUGAUGUACUUCAUCAUGCUCUUCUGCAUCACCAUGAAGCGUCAGAUCAAGCACAUGAUUAAGUACAGGUACCUGCCCUUCACGCAUGGGAAGAGGACAUACAGAGGCAAGGAAGACACAGGGAAAACCUUUGCUAGUUAAAAAAUACAAAAAAAAAAACCCCUACCCCCCCAAUUGAAAUUAAAGUUAUUGAUGAAGAAUGCAUACAGGGAUUGAAGUUUUGUAAGGUUUUUUUUUUUUUUUUCUUCUUUCUUUUGAUGUUUUUGUGGGUAUGCAAACAACAUAUGUAGGCUUACCGGAAAAGAGUUUUGAUCCAUGAUGACAGUGUUGGGUGUUUUGUGUAAUGAUUACGGCUGCCUUUGAUGAGUAAAAAGUGCAUGGGGUUCGAGUCGUGGCGAGAUUUCCGCGAAGGAGGAAAACUGGAUCUAUUCACACCGUGCUCAUUACCUGAUCUGAUUUAGGUGUUCAUUGUGUCACAGUCAUUAGAUAAGAGCCAGAGAUUCAUCAGCAUCCAGACAUUUCUCUAAGCACCCGAUAAUUCGCACUCGUUCGCACUGAAGUACUUAUUUCUCAGCACCAUUCACUGAUCUAAAAAACAGAUUCAGUAUUUAGAUGCAAAACAGAUGUUUUGACACUAUUGCCCAACACCGAUUCAUGUGAUUUGCCUUCAUUCUUGAAUGUGCAUUCUCUACUUUUCUUUGUGUGUAUAUAAAUAUAUUUUGUGCCUAGUAACAUCCUUUCUAGCAGCUUGUAAUUUAUUUUGAAGUAGUUAAAUCCCCCUGAUCAUUAAGUUGAAUUGUAUUUGGUUGCUCAGUAGAACUAGUUGUACAUUUGUAAUAGUUACUUCAUUCCAAACAAAACUUUUUUCUCUCUCUCUCUUUUUCUUCUUUUUCAGAGGAAACAUAAAGAGUCUUGAGGGCUUAACAAAUUUAAGAAAUGGAUGGAGAGGGUUGACUUUUUUUUUUUUUUUGUUUUUUCUCUUCUUCAUUAACAUUGUUCUGGACCCUAACUGCUAAUAUAGAGAGGUUUUUUUCAGCACUGUAGGUGAGGAUCAAAACAUUUUUUCCUAUUAAUGUGCAUAAUGUUUUAUGGGGGUUUAUAUAUAAAUAUAUAUGUAUAUUUUAAAGGGUAAAUCAAGAUUAUUUUGGAUGUCCAUUUUUUUCUUUUUUUUUUUUUUUUUUUUUUAGACAUGUGAUUCAAAUUGUUAAUUUUGACAUUAAAUUAAAAUACAAACGUUGGAUACUAGAUCUAUACAUUUGUCAUUAAAGGCAUUGCAUGUCACUGGUUUACUUGUGUUACUGUUGAAAAGAAAAUGAUUUUAAUAACUACAAUGUAAAAUUUUUCACUCCAACUGCUAUUAAAAAGACCGUGCCCCUUCA